ACACACCCUCAUUUCUGUGUGUUUGGAUCAUCCCUGAACGUGAUUGGAUUGAUGUGUUUAAUCAUUUGACCCACAUGUAGUGUAUGAGUGUGUGUGUGUGUGUGUGUGUGUGUGUGUGUGUGUAACACCAGUAACAGGGUAGAACUCCCUGUAAGGAUCAUAAUACCAGUAAGUGUGGACUUUGUGGUGACUGUUUUGUUCCCUUUGAGGAGACGAGCUUAUAAAUCACACAGAAUGAAGUGUGUUGAGAAUGUAAAGAUGUGUGUGAGGGCUAGGAGAUAGAAAAGAGUGUGUACAGAAAACCAUUACAUCUAUGAAUAGCCCCUGUAAACCACAUGCCGGUGUGUGUGUGUGUGUGUAUUCAGUGGAGUGUGUCGCCCUCUAGCGGCCGCUCUGUGGAAUCAAUACAAGUUUGAAGAAUCUAAACCGUAUGAAAUAAUUUUAUGCAAAUGUGUCUCUGGAGGGACGUGCUGCAGGGAAAGGCAGUGGCUGUCUGUUAAUGAGAAGAGAGAGGCUGGUCGGAUGUAAGUGAGGUGUGCUGGGAUGUAGAUGGACAGAGCUGAUACACACACAUCAGCUCGAAUCACGGCAGACACCUCAUCAGCAGAUUCGACACUUCAACUAGUUCUCUGUCAGAGGGGCAGGUGAUGAAAAACAAACACUGCUUCAUUUUAAUUAGACUUUAUUUAUUAGAUGGGAAUGAAUAGUUUUGGGCCGAUGUUUGAGGUCUGACAGCGGUGUAAUGAUGUAAAAGUGUAACAUGAACAGAAAUAAACAUGAAUGUUACGCAUUGCAUAAUGUUUUAUAAAUGUACAGUCAUAUAUGUAUUAAUGUCAUUAGAAAGUUUAAAAGCGCAUAUAUAUAUAUAUAUAAAAUAUAUAAAGCAUUCAUAACAUGAGUGCAAGUUUACAUUAGUUUGAACAACAUACAAGGGUGCUAAAGUAAAAAAAAAAAUACAUAUAUAACAAAUAUGAAUAUGAAACAGACAUGAAAUUGCCUAAGCAUUUUUACAUAUACACACACACACACACACACACACACACACACUAAUAAAUAUUUAUUUAUAUAUAUUUAUUUUUUUAUAAAUACCGAUUGUCGUAUAAUAUCGCGGAUAUUAUGAAUAUGUUAGGAGAAGAAAUGUGAUGGAUUUAUUUUUUGCUGCACGUUAUUUUGAAAUAAAAGCCCGUGCGCGGGAUGAAAUACUCUCACUUCCGGUUCCUGCGUCGCUUGUUGUUUGAGUCCGAACAGCGGUCCGAACAGAGCCGCUUCGACUCUCAAAAAUUCAUUCGGUUCGCCCGAUGAAUGCAACAGAGGCGCGCCUGUUCAAAACAAGCGCACGAACGAAUCGAUUCCCUCUCGGAAAUGACUCCCAACAGCAACUUCAUCUUGUGUAGUUCAGUUUGGAAAAGAAGAAACGGGGUGCGAAGAAAGUAGCGCGAUCCGAUCAAACCGCUAAAAGUGUGUUCGCGCGACACCGCGGCGCUCUGAGGCGAACUCUGAGGCGAUCUGCAGGCGCGGGAGUCAAAUCAGUGCCCAGCCCGCACCGGAGCAGGCCCCGGAUCCAGCUCAAAGCUUCACCCCGCGAUACUGCAAGAUGUCUCUGGAGGAGUACGAGCGGCAUUACGGCUCUCUGAACUCCGAGUCCGGAUGCGACUCGGUCGGCGGAAGAUCCUCGACAUCUGGAGCUUUCGGGGGAGAAGAGGAGAGACUGCACUACAUCCCCAUCCGGGUGCUGGGGAAGGGCUCCUUCGGUGAAGCGACUCUGUACAGACGCACUGAGGAUAACUCUCUGGUGGUGUGGAAGGAGAUCGAUCUGAACUGUCUGUCAGAUAAGAAGCGCAGAGACGUGAUGAACGAGAUCAGCAUCCUGUCCAUCCUGCAGCACAACAACAUCAUCGCAUACUUCAACCACUUCAUGGACAAGAACACGCUGCUGAUCGAGCUGGAGUACUGCAACGGUGGAAACCUCUACGACAAGAUCAAUCAGCAGAAGGGAGAGCUCUUCAAGGAGGAGAUGGUGGUGUGGUACUUAUAUCAGAUCUCCGCGGCCGUGGCUCAUAUUCAUAAGGCCGGGGUCCUGCACAGGGACAUCAAAACUCUGAACAUCUUCCUCACCAAAACCAACCUGAUCAAGCUGGGAGACUAUGGCUUGGCCAAGAAGCUGGACUCGGAGGAUUCGAUGGCUGAAACUUGUGUCGGUACGCCGUACUACAUGUCUCCUGAACUCUGUCAGGGAGUGAAGUACAACUUUAAAUCAGACAUCUGGGCCAUGGGCUGCGUCUUAUUUGAGCUGCUGACCCUCACCAGGACCUUCGACGCCACCAAUCCUCUGAACCUGUGUGUGAAGAUCGUUCAGGGCAACUGGACCAUGGAGAUCAACUCGGACGCUUACACGGCUGACCUCAUCAAGCUGGUGUACGAGUGUUUAGAUCAGGACCCCGAGAAGAGGCCGACGGCGGAGCAGAUUCUGGAGCAGCCCGUCAUCUCUCGCGUGAGAGCGGAGCUGGAGGAGCGGGUGGCGACUCUUAACUCGGCCAUCAAGAAACCCAAGUUGAGCACGGUGACGGAGACGCCGGUGGCGGUGGUCACCACGCGCUCCAGGGAGGUGUACUUCUGGGGCGGAGGGAAGUUCACUCCUCAGAAGCUGGACAUGUUUAAGGGCGGCAGCAGCGCUCAGCACGUCUGCGCCGGAGAGACACACUUCGCUGUGGUGACCGUCGAGAAGGAGCUGUACACCUGGGCCAGCGUUCAGGGAGGAGCCAAGAUGGUGGGUCAGCUGGGUCACGGAGACCAGGCCUCGUACCGGCAGCCGCGCAGGGUGGAGCGUCUGCAGGGCAAAGCCAUCCGACAGGUGUCCUGCGGAGCCGACUUCACCGCCUGCGUCACCGACGAGGAUCAGAUGUACAUGUUCGGCUCUGAUUACUACGGCUGUGUGGGUGUGGAGAACGUGCUGGGCAUGGAGGUGCUGGAGCCGGUUCUGCUGGAGUUCUUCCAGGAGCGUCCAGUCAGGCAGGUGUCCUGCGGGGACAACCACGUGGUGGCUCUGACCCGCGCCGGGGACAUCUACUCCUGGGGCUGCGGAGAGCAUGGUCGACUCGGGCUGGACUGUGAGGAUGAUUUCUCCUCUCCGAUGCAGGUGGAGGUUCCUAAGGGUGCUGUCAUUGACUCAGUGUACUGUGGCAACGACGGCACCUUCUUCCUCACUGAGUUUGGAAAGGUCUUAGCCUGCGGCAGCAACGAGCUCAACAAGCUGGGUCUGAAUCAAGGCAUCACCGGAAUCAAAAACCACCCAGGCGAAGGUUAUCAGGGGAUCCCGUACACCACCACCCUGACGCUGGUCAAGCAGCUCUCCCGCUUCAAGAUCCAGUUCAUCGCUCCGGGAAAGACGCACACCGCCGCUAUAGACGAGCGCGGCCGUCUCAUGACCUUCGGCUGUAAUACGUUCGGGCAGCUGGGAGUGAAGGACUUCAAGAAGCACCAGGGCGUUCAGAUCCUGGUGGGGCCCUUCGGAGGGAAGGUCGUCACCAAGGUGUCUUGUGGGGACGGUUUCACCAUCGCCGCCACCGAGGAUAAUCAGAUCUUCGCGUGGGGGAACGCAGGGAACGGCCGUCUGGGGAUGCCCGCUGAUAAAGGCUUCGGCUCCGAGGUGUGUCCCGCUCUUCCUCGGCCCAUCUUCGGCUCCCUGCACCACGUGCCGGAUCUGUCCUGCCGCGGCUGGCACACCAUCCUCAUCAUGGAAAAAGUUCUGAACUCCAAAACGAUCCGUUCAAACAGCAGCGGACUGUCUAUUGCAAGCGGUCAGUGCUCCACGUCCUCCGUGGAUCUGGAGACGGUCUCGGCCACAGACUCGGAGCUGCGUGAGGGGAUGCUGGGAGGAACCGUGGAGGCUGUUAUGGACGACAGAGGUCUGGAGACGCCCAUCUUCUCCAUGGACAGCAGGACCAACGAGAGCUCCUGCCCCUCAUGGCUGCGGAAGGAGCUGCUGGAUGCUGAGUUCAUCCCGAUGCCGGACGAUUCGCAGGACUCCAUCGACCCGCUGUCCAAGCCCUACACCGAGAGCGCCACGCUGCCGUACGAGGAGCUGGACCAGCUCAAAGCCGCCGCCGGAAAGAGCCUCAUGCCGGCCGCCUGCGUGGAUUACGAGCGGAUGAACGGCGUGGAGACGGGACGCUCGGAGCAGAGCUGCUGCGGCGCCAGCGUCGAGCUGACUAACCUCAGAGAAACAGUGAACCGACAGGAAGCCCACAUUCAGCUCUUACAGAAACAGUUCGACGAUCAGCUGAAGGAGAACGAGAGACUGUGGAGAGCCAUUCAGAGCCUCAGAGCAGACGCCGGACUUCAGGACAUCGGUCAGGACCGCGGCUCUGCCCUUCAGGAGUGAGACAUGGAGUUAUUAGAGUGAGCCGUUCGCCGAAAUCAUCAGUGCCUUGUCAUAACCAGAGACCGUACGAGUCCUUUCAUGCUGCUAACGUCAGGCCAAAGCGCUGCCGAUCUUUUAGUGCUGUGUGUACGGACAGAAACAGUGAGAGUUUUAUCUGGGAACAACAUUAAUGUUAAUCACGAGACGAUCCCUCAUGAAUCAUGAAUGUGAGAAAAGUGUCAUAAAUAGCUUUCGUAUCUCACGUUCAGCACCAGACUGAUUUACAGAUGCUCUUUUAUAGCGAGGCUGUUUAAAUGAAAGUGCCUCUAUAUUGGUUUGUCUACAGUGUUUCAGUGUUAAUGUGCUUUUGACAGUGUUUAUUCUCAAAGGUUUUAUCUUUCCUAUGCAAGCAGGUCUAAUGCAACUCAUGUGUUUCAAUCAAAGGUUCUUACUUUAAAGCUACGUCGCGUUUGAUUGCGUCGCGGGAUGCAUGUGUUGAAACUUCACAUUUAUAUCAGAGUUAGUUUGUUGUCGCGCGCACGUGACGUGUCAAAACUACUGAAUUUCUCGUACCUUCAUUUCUCUUUUAUGUGUAUUGCCAAAUAUUGGAACGACGCCAAGUUUUGUGACUGAAAGCAGGUCUGUGGGAGUCUCUGAAAGCGCUUCAGCUCCAGUGUUGUUGCAGGCCCUGCGUUCUGCCUCUGGAUUGCAUUGAAGCGCAUGUUUUUAAGUGCAGCCAAAUAUGUUUUCAUUGUUUGCGUGCGUUCUUCUGUGCACUCUCCAAUUUCUGUACUUUGGAACAGUGUCAUAUAACUGCUUUUCAGGUGUUUUUAUGCUUCACGCACCCAUAUCAGACACUGAUUGAGGCACAUUUUUAAUUAAAAAAAGGUGAGGCAAAAUGUCACGCUGA